AUGGGGCGCGUCGUAAAACCAUCGAGAGCUUCGCGUUUCAACACACAUGCGUUGAAAAAGCUCCAAGCCGCGGUCGCAUUGGAUCCCGAUGUCGAUUUGACCACAAAACUGCCGACAGACUACUCUGCCCGCUUGGAGAGGAUGCGUAAUGGCCUUGAAAAUGACAGCAGGAACAAUACUGUUGCACCCGUCGGUCCUCAUGAGGAAGACUUAAGGGCCUCCUUGGACGCGUCUGCCCCGGUUGAGACGAUUUACCCUCUUUCGAAGGAGGUUCUUGACUUAUUAGGCGACGGACCCCAGGCUUUUGGGUCGCUUUCAUCCAGUCUUUCCGAGCGACUGAUACGGAUGAUGCAAGCGAGCGAAAUCCUUUGGAAAGGCCCCUCCGCCCGUCGCAAAAUGAUCCUCAAGUGCAACGCUCACAUUGUUUUGAAAGCUGUUCGUGAUAUGUCAGAAUUUACAGAGUAUACAACUCUACAAUAUCUGCGACAGUAUCGACCCGAUAUCCCCAGUCCAGAGCCCCUGGGACUGCUGCGAUUCAAUGGGAUUACGCUUAUCUUCAUGAGCUACCAGCCUGGCGACCCUCUCACCAAUGUCUGGCCGAGUCUGGAUAAGACGCAAAAAGCAUCUAUUCAGGAGCAGCUAAACAAGAUCCUGACAGAUCUACGAUCGUUGCCCUGGAAUCCCGGCACACCCCUAGGAGGGAUUGGCGGUGAAGGUUGCAAAGACGUUAGGAGACAUCUCCGUCGUAGUGAUCGGCCAAUCACGACCAUUGAUGAGUUCGAACAAUUCCUUUUCAAGGGCUACAGGUCAGGCGGGGAUGCUUUUGUGAAGUUGAUGGGUGAACUAUCUCCGCCAGCCUCAUCCUGCAAGGUUGUGUUCACCCACGGAGAUCUCCGCCCCGACAAUAUUAUUGUGGAAAUGACAGCAGACCACGGCUACAAGAUUACUGGGCUGAUAGAUUGGGAGGUUCUAUCCAGAAUACACUGAAGCUGCCAAAAGCACAAAUUGCCUAUCACCAUAUGAAGAGGACGAUUGGUAUCUGUUUUUACCAGACUGUGUCUCGCCAAAGAGAUACGCUCACUGGUGGCUCCUCGACCGUGUCCGGGAACCCAGAGUGAUAUAACGAUUUGCUAGUCAGUUGCUGAGGCCGAUAGAAGACAACGUAAAGACCUGGGAACAUCUUCAAGUCUCUGUGGUAGCGCAUGUCAGGACAAAAUGUCAUUCAGACAGCCACUAGGUCAGCGUACCCUUUUCGGUCUCCAGGUGGUUUGAUUCAAUAGAAGGGCACGGCUCGGGGGAGAAAGGC